UCCACACAAACUUGCCCUCUGUUUGGACCCUAGUACAGAGGCUAGAUACCGAUCCCUUCUACAUUUAAUUUCGCUAUUUAAAAAUACAUUUAGAAGAUGCUGUUUGAAAAAAUCUAAUGGCAGCUGGGAUUUUCUAUGUUGGGUAUUUAUUGAAGGGCCAUUGAAUAACUAAAUGAUAUGAAUGAAGUGAGGUCAUUAACUCGUGGAGAGAAGCAUAAGUUAGCAAUUUCAGGGUUUUAUAAGUUAUCUAGCAUGGAUUCCAAACAAAGAUACAGCUAGAAUAAAUGAUUAGACAGAUGUUGUUUAAGUAAUCUGGGGCUGUUCUGUGUGCACUCUACAAUUUGCAAACAAGAAUUACAAGGAUGCUCUCGACGUUGUUGUAAUUGUGGUCAGAGGUGCCGGCAAUUUUGUUAUUCUAAGAAAUUUUAAGCACGAUCGAAGCUUUACUAGAUCUGUUGUAUUAAUUGUUCUGUUUGCACCAGGGGAUAGGGUAAUGCUUGUUUCACGUGAGUUCAGUCAUGGCCGGGAACUAUGACGUGGGCUUGAGUUUUUGCUUUCAAGUCUCAACAGAUCUUAUAUCUUGAUGAUGUGAGUGGCUGUGGUUGAAUAUGCCAGCAAUUUGGCAUCCUUCGAAGUUUUGAGCGUGAUGGAAGCUUUACCAGAUCAGUUGGUGUGGGAAGUACUGCAUCGGAUUAAGAACACAUCAGACCGAAACACUUCUGCCCUAAUCUGCAAAAGAUUUUAUCAAAUUGAGAGGGAACAACGGGGGUAUUUGAGGGUGGGGUGUGGUUUAAGCCCCGCAAAUGAGGCAUUAUCUGCACUUUGUAUGCGGUUCCCUAACUUAGCCAAAGUGGAGAUAAUGUAUUCUGGAUGGAUGUCAAAGUUAGGCAAGCAGUUGGAUGAUGAAGGCCUUAAAAUUCUUUCACAGCAUUGCCCUGGCCUCACUGAUCUAACUCUCAGCUUCUGCACAUUUAUUACUGAUGCGGGUCUAGGGUUUCUGGGUUCUUGUAAAGGGCUUAAAGCAUUGAGACUGAAUUUCACUCCAGGGAUAACCGGUUGUGGAAUACUGUCUUUGGUUGUAGGAUGCAAAAAUCUGUCGACGCUUCAUUUGACCAGAUGCCUCCAUGUGAGUAGUGUAGAAUGGCUUGAGUAUUUGGGUAGGCUUGAAAGUUUGGAAGAUUUGGCAAUCAAUAACUGCCGGGCUAUUGGAGAGGGUGAUUUGGCUAAGCUGGGUUGUGGUUGGAGGAAGCUGAAAAGACUGCAAUUUGAGGUUGAUACAAAUUACAGGUACAUGAAAGUGUAUGGCCGUCUAGCUGUUGAGAGAUGGCAGAGACAAUGGGUUGCAUGUGAAUCCUUGGAGGAUUUGAGUCUUGUCAAUUGCCUCAUUAGCCCUGGUAGAGGCCUUGCUUGUGUGCUUGUAAAAUGUCAAGCUUUGCAAAAGCUUCAUCUUGAUAUGUGUGUCGGGGUGAGGGAUAAUGAUUUGAUAACUCUUGCCCAGCAGUGUACCAAGCUGAAAUAUUUGUCAUUACGAGUUCCUUCAGAUUUCUCAGUUCCCAUCCUGAUGAACAAUCCACUGAGAUUGACGGAUGAGAGUUUGAAAGCCAUUGCUCAGAAUUGCUCUGAGCUAGAGUCUGUUUCAAUAGCAUUUGCAGAUGGAGACUUCCCUUCCAUGUCUUCCUUCACCCUUACUGGUAUCCUUUCGGUGAUUGAAGGAUGUCCAAUCCGGGUUUUAGUGCUUGAACAUAUAUAUUCAUUCAAUGAUAGUGGUAUGGAGGCUCUCUGUUCAGCUCGCUUUCUGAAUAUCCUUGAACUUAUACAUUGCCAUGAGAUUACCGAUGAGGGGUUGCAGCUUGUCAAACAUUUCCCUUGCUUAAGCAUCAUUCGGCUUACCAGAUGUUUGGGUGUGAGUGAUAUUGGGUUGAAGCCUUUAGUGGGUGCUCAUAAAUUGCAGUUAUUAAAGGUGGAAGACUGCCCCCAAAUUUCUGAGAGGGGGACUAAAGGUGCUGCAAAGGUUGUCUCCUACAGUCAAGAUUUUUCAUGGAUGUAUUGAAUUGGGAGUGUUGACGGGAUUAUUGAUCAAUAUUUUUCAGAAUAGUAAAUAGUAAAAUGUUUCUAGAGAGACAGCUAGCAUCUCUAGUUCAAUCUCAAAUCAAUCCAUGCUCAGUUAUGUGCAUAUUAUCCAAUAAUGAGCAAGUUUGCUGAAAGAAAAAAAAACUUCUUUUUUCCAUAUGACAGCAAACAUAAUUAAUUCUUUAGUUGGCCAUCUGUUGGAAUAUGGAUGGAGAGAAAGAAUUUUCAUGUGGACAAGUAUGCAAGUCUUUCAGGUUUGCGAGUUGCUUUCUUAUAUGCCAGACUAAAUAGUGCACCUCUGAGGAUCAGAUUUAAACUUCAAUGUAAAUACCUUUACCAGUGUAUUUUGUCUGGUUAUUUGAAACAGUUUCUUUUACAGCCAAUUUAAUAAGAGCUGAAACCUAAACAGCUAUGUAAACAUUGUUUGUUGUACAUUGUAUUAAUUUUAUUUUUUGAUAAGUUAUAUGCCUAUUUAUUCAAGGAUCUGAACAAAGGCACUUGACAAGGCAUUGCUACAGUUAAAAGCCUUGAACUUUUCCCACGGAAAGAUCUACAAGAAUAUUGAACCUAGUUCUCCUGA